CAAAAGCGGCACUCCUCCCAGGGGCCAAGGGAAGUCCUGAGCGCAGAUAAAUGGACAAUGGGAAAACUCCACGGAAAGAGUAGAAAGACACCUGAGAUGAAUACCCACCUAAUGUCGUGGGCCACACCUCCGGGUUACAACUGGAAGGGAGGAACAAACUGGUAUAUCGACAUGGCUCUAAACAACAACAGCAACGUGUGUGAGGGCCCGGGGCACUUCAGGAUUGACCAAGAGGAAACACAUGUUGCACAAUGAUACGAUCUUGUUGGUACAGUUGUCAGAGAAGGGAACUCCCACAGCGAAGGGCAUAAAACCAUCCAGGGCAGUUUGGGGCGGCUCAGUUCUGCGGUGCCAGGGAGCAGAGCAGAGCCCAGCCCUGCCCUACACACAGAUGGGACCAUGAACUCCAGACACAGUUUCAGCCAGACCACCUCCAGUUCCCUCCAUGGUACAGGAGGCGGCUGGGGCCGGCCAGGGAGCUUCCCCCGGGCUCCCAGCGUCCAUGGGGGAGCAGGAGGUGUGCGCAUCUCCCUUUCCUUCACCUCACCAAGCUGCCUGACCCCUGGAGGGUCUUGGGGGUCUGGAAGAGGCAGUUCCCUUCUAGGUGGCAAUGGGAAAGUGACCAUGCAGAACCUCAAUGACCGCCUGGCCUCCUAUCUGGAUAAGGUGCGUGCCCUGGAGGAGGCCAACGUGAAGCUCGAAAGUCGCAUCCUGAAAUGGCAUCAGCAGAGAGAUCUCGGCAGCAAGAAAGAUUACUCCCAACAUGAGGAAAACAUCAGAAGCCUGCUUAAGCAGGUAGUGGAUGGUAAGCUGACCAAUGCUCACAUCAUUCUUCUCAUCGACAAUGCCAGGAUGGCAGUGGAUGACUUCAACCUCAAGUAUGAAAAUGAACACUCCUUCAAGAGAGACUUGGAAAUUGAAGUUGAGGGUCUCCGAAAGGCCUUGGACAAUCUGACCAUUAUCACAACAGACCUGGAACAGGAUGUCGAGGGGAUGAGGAAAGAACUCAUCCUCAUGAAGAAGCGCCAUGAGCAGGAAAUGGAGGAACAGCGUGUGCCAAAUGACUUCAAGGUCAAUGUGAAGGUGGAUACAACCCCUGGGGGAGAUCUGAUUAAGGCCCUGGAGAAUAUGAGGCAGGAAUACGAGUUUAUGAUAAAGAAGAAGCACCGAGACUUGGAUGUUUGGUAUAAAGAGAAGGCAGCAGCCAUGGCCCAGGAGGCGGCCAGUCCAAUAGCUGUCCAGAGCAGCCAGAGCAACAUCCAUGAGCUGAGGCGCACUUUCCAGGCCCUGGAGAUUGACCUGCAGGCCCAGCACAACAGGAAAUCUGCUUUAGAAAACAUGCUGUCGGAGACCCAGUCCCGGAACUCCUGCCGGCUCCAGGACAUGCAGCAGAUCAUCUCCCGCUAUGAGGAGGAACUGCUGCAGCUGCGUCAUGACCUGGAGCGUCAGAACAACGAAUACAAGGUCCUUCUGGGCAUCAAAACCCACCUAGAGAAGGAAAUCGCCACCUACCGCCAGCUGCUGGAGGGAGAGAGCCAGGGGACAAUGGAAGACUCUAAGCUGAGCAUGAAAGGUAAAAAAAUUUCUUUCAUUGUUUGAAUCUUAAAAAAAAAAUCAGCAUAUUUAUCCAUUCUGUAGUAUUCAUAAUCUUAGCGUACUCCCAAAUGUCCAGUGUUUAAUUUUUCUUUUACUCCCCAGUGGCCAGGAAUUUAUAAUUAACAAAUUAGGUAAUACAGAACAAAGUGAGCUCUCAAUAUU